GAACUGCUUAGUGGCCGUUGAGUGGCGGUUGGGGGACGCCACGCGCCAGGGCGGAAGCCAUGGACAAACACGCGAAGGCGUCGAAACUUCCUUCGGGGGGGAAGGGGGAGCGGCGUUUAAGCAUGUUCGAGAAAGACAACUAUACACAGAUCGUAAAAGACAGAAUGAGAAGUUCAAGCCAUGAAGUUCACGGUACGGAACCAAUGGAUGAUGAAUCGUUUGCAGAGUUUGGAAGAAGUGAAAUAUUUACAUUGAAGACUAGCAUUGCAAAAAUAAGAUAUGCCAAUACAUACAAAAUGGAGCCAUAUAGGAAAUUCCAGGCUCAUUUAGUAAGAAACAAAGCUCAACAUAUACUAACGCAACGACUUCAAGAAACCAAGUAUAAUGGUGCGACUAGUAGCUUCUUGUGUAAUUCAAUCUCAGAAGAAAUAUUAACAGCUGUCAAGGACAUGGGCUUUGAUCGCUAUAAGUACGUAGUAACAGUCCUAAUCUUGCAAAAGACUGGUCAGGCAAUAAAAAUCUCCAGCAGAUGGGUCUGGGAUGUUGCAAGGGACAACUGGGUUUCAGCUAAAUGUGAAACAGAAUCCUUUGUUUCAUUGGCUUUGAUAAUGGCUUGUUACUAUGAGUAGUUUUCGAAAAGCAACCUCUGUUAAUGAUCAUCACAAUACUCUGUAUAAUUGUUCAAAAAUCUUCAUAAAGUUAUAGUUAUUUUAGAACACUUUCUUUGUUAAGUUAAAAACAGUUGAUACAUUGAAAUGCACAUAAAUUUAAACAAAUUUUACAAAUUCUUGUCUAUAAUUUUUUUAAAAAAUAUGUAUGGGUGAGUGCAUACUAUAUACAUCUGUCGUAAUGCUAUGUUUAUGAAUUUAUGACAGGUGCUAAGAACCCAUUUUGCAAGGUGCUGAAUGUGGCCUCGCACAUUCUAAAGGAUGGGGUUCCAACAUAUUACAAGUGACAAUUCCGUUCAUAAAAGGGAAAUAUUCUACUCUUUGAGGUGACUCUGAAACAAAAAAGUAACAUUGUAUUUACUCUCAGUUGUUGUCAUAUUCAUCAAAUUCCACAGCAAUAAUCUCUUCAGAGAUCUAGUAAUAAGGAAAGCCACUGUAAUGUGGCUUAUUUUUAAAAGCUUUUCUUAGAUUCAAUACAUUUUCCCCACUGUAACCAGCUGUUUUUUUCUUAUGCCUGUUAAACUCUCAUUUUUGUAUUUUGAAGUUUGGAACAUUCCAUUUAAGGCCCCAGUCCUGCUCCUGUUGAAGUCAGUGGGAGUGUUGUCAUUGACUUCACUGAUACCAGAAUGGACCCCAAAUUACAAACCAUCAACUGUUUUAUAAUCCUUAGUCUGGAGGCUGAUAUAUUGUAUUUACUGGAUUCAGUUACUUUUUUUCAUUUCAUCAGACUGGUUCCUAAUGACAACAAAGCCAGAAGAGCUGUAAAAUCCAUUCAGUGACAACCUAAAAUCUUAGGAGAUGGAUAUGUAAUUGACAGUUAAUGACAACAAUACAUAUAUCUAUAUUGAAAAGAAUGGCUAAGACAAAAUUUGCAAAGUAUUUAUAAAGAAUGUUAGAAUUGCUGCUAUAUUAACCUAACUGACUCAAAUCUGCUAUUAUUUCAUUGAUGUUGUUCAAACAUAACAAUUUAGAAGAAAAUAAAUAGUAUUUGUUUUCAAAAUAAUACAGAUCAUGUUUAAUUUUCUGUUAAAAUGCCUGAUGGCUUGGUAAUGUAAGGUUGUAGUUAACUCCUUAUACCACAAAGCAAGGGUGGCUUUAGUGUCAGGGUUCAUGGGUUCAAUUGUACCUGUAGAAAUCAUCUGCAGUGCUGGCUCUUGUCCCAUGGGGCUGGGCCAUAUUCCCUGCUCUGGGCAUUGUGACCCCAUGAGCCAGGUUACAAUGUCCAGAGCAGGGAGCCAUGCCCAGCUCUGUGGGACAGGAACUGCUACUACUGGACAAGUGUAGUGCUGUCUUGCUCUUCAAGCCCCCUGCCUUCUCUCACCCAGGACUUCUCCUCCCCAUUAGGGUUGUGGUGUUGGGCAGAGUGUGCUGCUGUGGGUGCUCAUCAGUACCCGUCCCUUCUUCAGUUUAGUAUAGUGCAUGCAUUGACUCAGGAGGCUACAUCCUCCCUGCUACAAAGCAAAUACUUCUUACAUAGACAAAGCAUCAGAAUGGAAAUUUCACCUGGACAUGGUAACAGCUGGCUUCUUCAAGCUUAAUAAACUUGGACUCCAAUCCAGUAAACACUUAAGCCAUGGGAGUAUUCAUAUGUGUAAAUAUAAAUACAUAUAUAAAAUUCUUAUCCUGCAAAUGCUAACAUACAUAAUAACUUUGCACAUGUGAGUGGUCCCAGAGAACUCAAUGGGACUACUUCCAUGAGUAAACAAAUAUACACACAUGCUUAAGACCUUGCAGAAUCAGGGCCUUUUCUAUAAGUAGGCUUGGCAGAAUUGAAUUUUUUAUAAUUUUGAUGGAU